GGUUUCCAAUCACAAAGUUGAAAGCAAAUCAGCAAAUCAGAAAAGCACGGCAAAAGGAAAGCAGCGGCCGAACCAGAGAGGCAGUCACAUUGGAGGAUUAACUGCGCGUAGAGAACCAAACUGGCACUGGAAUAGCGUUCAGAAUGAAGGAAGAGCCGUUGCAAACAUCGUUCUCGGGUGUCUCAGCCGACGACAUUCUUGCACAAUAUGAUUCUGACGCAUCGAUGGGCGCUCCUGAUCUACAUGGCGCGCGAAGCUAUCGCCCUUUCAACCGCGGCAACAAGCUCAAGCGAAGUAUCGAACAACCACCAGUGCUGCCUACCAAGCCCACACUUUGGAGUCUACAUGCGAUCGAUGAGGACUAUGAGUUUGCGCAUAUCGGAAAGCGAAGGGCAAUCAUGCGAAAAGGAAGACGAAGAAAGGACGAAGACGAUCCAUAUGCAGGAAUCAAUAUUGACGAGAUCUGGUCACUUCCCGACACCCCAACAGACGCCGCCCGUGUAUCAUCAGUCCUCCACACACUUCGGAACCGCCACCUUAAAGUACUCUCACAGACCGCAAUGAACAUGGUUGAAAAAGAGCAGGAUUUCAACAAAACGAUUGCACGUUUCGCUCAGAUGAUACAACAGGAUGAUCCGUUGUAUCAAGAUAUUGAUCUGGAAGGCACUGUGCCGCAGGAUGUGCUGAAUACUCUCAGAGAUAGCGUUCAGGAGCUCGUCAGUUGCAGCAACGAGUAUGUGAAGCGCAUCGGGGAUAUGCGCGAUAAGCUCAUUAUAGCCCAUGCUCAAAAGAAGACACUAGCCAAGAAGCUCAUGUUAUCAACAAGCGAAACAGUACCCCACAGCCAGUCGAACCGGAAUGAACACGGAUCAGGAAGACGUGGUGCAUGACAGCAGCAACGAGGCCGAUGAGUAUGAUUGCACCGCUUGGCCAUAUAUUACAAAGAGCACAUUCUACGUGCUGACGUCGGUGUCUUUCCUCGACGCCCCACGCAUUCUGUCCCAAUGCUUGUAACAUAGAAACGAAAAUCCCCUUCUUGGCGGGUAAUAGGACUCCUCUCAACUCUAUAUUCACAAUAUGACAUUAUUUAGACUUCCGC